GUCAUAAACAUAUAUACAAUCUGUUUGCUGAGUAUAAUUUCUGUAUCAUUUUACUAACUACAUAAUUAUUUCAUAGCUUUCUUACUGAUAUCUUGAUAGGCGAUACAAGACGUGACUUUGUGGUGCUAAUUAAAUACAACCAUAAUAAAGUAAAAUAAUAAAUUAAUACCUGUAAAUAUAAAGUUACCCAUAUUUUAAAGAUAUAUUUUAUUCAUAAUUAAGGUGACAAUAUUAAAAUUAAAUUAAAAAAAAAAUUAGUCGAAAGGUCCGCCUAAAACAAUUUUAUCAAAAUGAAAGUGACGUCAUAUAAGCAUAAAGAAACGAAGAUUGAAAAAGUCUAUGAAAUAUGGGAAGCCAUGGAGUAUUUCGGGAGUUAUCAAAAAAUACAGUAUUUAUAUGUGUGCAUUGCCACUGCGUUUGUGUCUAUGUAUAAUAUAAACUAUAUUUUCGUGGCGGGUGAUAUAAAUUAUAGGUGCCACGUACCCCAUUGUGAGAAUACUCCAGCCCAAUACCAAGUCGACUGGUGGCCCAAUUCUACCAUAGACCGCUGUUCUAGGCCAAUCUACAACAGCUCAGAUACUUGCGGUACUUUCAAAGGAUUAGUCGAAGAAUGCAAUCGAUGGGUUUACGAGAGCAACGAAACUAUUAUAGGGGAGUUAGAUCUGGCAUGCCAACCUCUGAAAAUAAGCAUGAUUGGUACCAUUCACAAUGUUGGGAUGUUAAUUUCUAUGGUCAUCUCUGGUUGGGUCUCUGACAGGUUCGGCCGCAAACCUGCACUUAUAUUUUUCGCGGUGGCCAGUUGCGUGGGAAUUGUCAAAAGUUUCGCCAAUUCAUACUACAUGUUCCUGGUCAUAGAGUGCCUGGAGGCGGCCCUGUCAGGAGGCACUUACCCUGCUGGGAUGGUGAUCAUGAUUGAAGCAGGUGGCAAAAAGAAUCGUGUUCUUGCCGGAGUACUAUUCGCGUACGCCAUUUAUGUAGGAGAAUCAACAUUUGCGAUAGCAGCAAUGUUUCUGCCGUACUGGAAAUCCCUUAUAAGACUGAUUUACACUCCCAUAAUUCUCUGCCUCUCCUUCAUAUAUCUUAUGAGCGAGAGUCCUCGAUGGCAGUUCUUAAAUGGCAAAACUGAAGAAGCUAUAGCAAACAUAGAAAGAUCAGCCAAAUUUAAUAAGAUACAAAUAAAUAAACAGCAUGCAGGUGACAUUGAAAUACUGAAAGAGAAACUGUGUAUCAGAGAGGUUGAAGACAGGGAAAGUUACAUGAAGAUAUUCACAUCUAAAGAGAUAUUGAUAAGAGUUUUGGUGGCGUGUGUAACCCGAUUUACAGCCUCUUUUGUGUACUAUGGUAUGAUGAUACAUUCGGUUUGGCUGCCAGGGAACAAGUACACUAACUUUCUGCUGUCAACUGUCAUGUCCUUCCCAGGGGAAUUGGCGUCCUUGUACCUGAUGAACAAGAUAGGGAGGAAGCUACCGCUAAUAGGGGGAUUUAUUGUAUGUGGCACGCUGUGUUUGGCGUCUGCAUUUAUUCCAAAAGCAUACACAUGGGCAGUCAUAUCCCUCUUCCUGCUAGCCAAGAUGGUCAUGUCGGCUAGUUUCACCGGAGCUGUGACGUAUGCUAUGGAGUUGUUCCCUACCAAUGCCAGGGGAACUCUUCUUGGAGUUUGUGCUUUUGCGUCCAGAGCGGGGGGCAUGUUAGCUCCGUUGACACCUAUGUUGACCGAUAUAUACCCACCACUUCCGUACAUAUUCUUCGGAUGUACAUCCAUCAUGUCGGGACUCCUCACAACCCUGACUCCGGAGACCAAGGACCUUCCUCUCAUGGACACAGUAGAACAGGUCGAAGCCAGCGUGUCAAAGAGAAAGACUGUUGCUGAAAAUUUGGAGCAGUCGAGAAGGCCUUCUAUAGUACCAGCUUGAUACAUACAUACAUACAUACCAUCACGCCCGUUUCUCAUUGGGGUAGGCAGACUAUGGAUUUCCACUUGCAACAAUCUUUACAGACCUCUCCCGCUUCCUCUACACUCAUUACUCUUUUCAUGCAUAUUCGACGAUUACGAGUAAUUACCAGCUUGAUGAUCAUGAUAUUAUAAGAGAAAAUUAUGAUCAUAUCUAUUAGCCGGUUAUAUACUUCUGUAACUUUCUGUUCUUCAAAAUUUACCAAUACUUUUUAGAGAACUUACACCGAUAAAGCGCUUGUCGUGCAUUUUGUUUUCAACUUCAGUUUAAUCCUUUAAAAUUAAGCUUGAACAUCUUUUAUAAUACAGAUUACAAAAGAUGAUGUAGAUACAUAUGAAUGGACUCGCUUGAGGUUAUCAGAAUGCAAAUUAUGUGCUACUGAAAUUAAAAUUUUGAUUUGCUGAUAUCGUUUACUUGACAUCAAACAAAGUCCUGUGUGAUAUUUGAUUAAAUAUU